AUGUCCACCUACAGAGCUGAAAUCUCAAACGGCCGCGCUGCCUGCAAAGUUGUCGGUUGCGCUAGAGCCAAGAUCCCCAAGGGUGAGCUCCGCUUCGGUUCCUGGGUCGACGGAGGUUACCCAGGUUGGAACUGGCGGCACUGGGGUUGCGUAACACCUAAGCAGUUUAUCAACAUCCGCCAAAAGUUCACGACCGAUAAAGGCCUUGACAUCACAGCGCUAGACGGAUACGACGAACUAACGCCCGAAUUUCAAAUGAAAAUAAAGGCAGCUGUUGAGGCUGGCCACGUUGCCGAUGAGGAUUGGAAAGGAGAUGUCGCAGAGAACAGACCUGGCGCGCCUGUAAAGCGUAAGAAGGCUGCGAAGAAAGAUGAGACCGAGGAGGAAGAGGAGGAGAAGGUCGAGGCUGCCACUGAACCCGAGAAGCCAAAACGUGGCCGCAAGAAGAAGGAAGUCGAGGUAGAGAUCAAGGAGAAGCCCGCCGACGUUCCUGCUGGCGAGUCAGAGGCCGAGGCUGAGACCAAGGCCGCGCCUAAGAAAACUGGCGGCCGACCUAAGAAGGUUGUCGCUGAACCCGUCGCCGAGCCUUCCGAACAAGAAGAGCCCAAGCCAGCGCCUAAGAAGAGCGGUCGCCCCAAGAAGGCGGCCGCCCCAGCAGCUGAACCCGAGGCUGAGGCUGAGGCUGAAGAGGCCGAGGCUGAGGUGGAGGUGGAGAAGCCAGCACCUAAGAAACGUGGCCGCCAGCCAGCAGCUGGAAGUGAGCCAAAGGCGAAGCGCGAGAAGAAGCCGCCAACUGAGCCGACACGUGCACGUUCUGCCAGGACCGCUGCGGUGGCUAAGAAGAGCAUGAAGGAAGUCGAGGAGGACCACGAAGACGAGGAGCCGAGUGAGGAAGAGAAGCCUGUCCCCAAGGAAAAGAAGAAGGCAGCACCGAAGGAGAAGGCCACUUCCAAGGAAAAAGCCACCUCCAAGGAGAAGGCUACGCCCAAGGAGAAGACUACACCAAAGGGAAAGGCUGUGACUAAGGAGAAGACUGUGCCGAAGGAGAAAGCUGUUACCAAAGAAAAGGCCGCCUCUAAGGAAAAGGCUACUACCAAAGAAAAGGCCAAAGAGGAGUCUGCGACGAAGGAGGGGGCUGCCCCUAAAGAGGACCCUGCCCCACAAGUGGAAGAGGCCGCGCCGAAGGAGAAGGCGAUACCCAAAGAAAAGUCAGCGCCAAAGGAGAAGAAAGCUCCUGCCCCCAAGAAGCCCACCAAGGCUCAACUCGCCAAGGAAGCCAAGGAGGCUGCCGCUAAGGAACCGGUGCCCGAAGCUGCAUCGACCGCCACUGAAGCUGCCGACAAGUCGGCCGAGACCAAGGAUGCCGACGUUGAGAUGAGUGAUGCCGACGCUAUCCCAGCCGAGAAGGAAGCCGAGGCAGAGGCAGCCCCCGAAGCCGAGGCCGCCAAACCUAAGAAUCGUGGUGGCCGUCCCAAGAAGGCCGUCCCACCCGUCGUCCCUGCCCCAGCUCCCAAGGAAAAGGAAGAGCCUAAACCCAAGGCUACUGCUGGCAGGAAACGCAAAGCUCCUGUUGCCCCCGAGGAAGCCACUGAAAAGACAGUUGAGGAAGAGCCUAAGGAGGAUGUCCCUAUGGUCGGAGACGAAAGCAUCAUUACCGAUGCCACCACUUCCGAAGAGCCAAAGAAGAAGCGCGGCCGCCCAUCAAAGGCCAAGGAAAUCACCGCAACAGCAAAGGCGCCUGCAGCCAAGAAGGGUCGCGCGACUAAGAAGGAGCCCACUCCUGCCCCGGCAUCCGCAUCUGAGGAGCCGGCAGCAAGCACAGAACGCAAGAGCAUCUUUGGCGGUGAUGCCGCGGAGCCAACUCCUGCUGCUGCCCCCACGGCCGACGCCGCUGCUACUGAGGCUGCUGCAACAACUACCGCUACUACCACUGCAUAA